AUGGAUGCCGAACCCCUAAGCGCUAUUGUUGUGGGGGCUGGAGCUGGCGGAAUCGCGACGGCUGCUCGCCUAGCGAAAGCCGGAUACAAGGUCACGGUCGUUGAAAAGAAUAGCUUUGUUGGAGGUCGAUGCUCUCUCGUUCAUCAUGGAGAAUAUAGAUUCGAUCAAGGGCCAUCCCUCUUGCUGAUGCCAGAGGUAUUUUACCAGACCUUCAAGGACCUUGGUACAUCGCCUGAAGAUGAGGAUUUACGAUUGCUGAAAUGUGAACCUAAUUAUCGUAUUUGGUUCUCGGACCAUGAUUACUUCGAAGCGUCGACAGACAUUUGCAAAAUGAAGCCUCAAAUAGAACGCUAUGAGGGUAAAGACGGCUUGCAAAAUUUCUUCCGAUUUAUGAAAGAGUCGGGUCAGCAUUAUGAUCUUUCUAUGGAUCACGUCUUAUCAAAGGACUUUCCUAACCUGUUGGCCAUGCUUCGCCCGCAACUUCUUUGGUCGCUACCGUCCUUGCAUCCAUUUGAGAGCAUGUGGAGCCGUAUAAAGAGGCACUUCAAGUCAGACAAGCUUCGGCGUGCCUUCACCUUUGCCAGCAUGUAUCUUGGCAUGAAUCCUUUCGAAGCUCCUGGAACAUAUUCUCUGCUUCAGUACACCGAGUUAGCCCACGGCAUUCUAUACCCCGAGGGGGGAUUUGUCAAGGUGCUCGAAGGGGUAGCCAAUAUCGGAAGACGGCUUGGUGUGGAGUAUCGCUUGGAUACGGAAGUUGAAUCGAUCAUUGCUCCAGACAGCAAAGCUCAAGGGAUUCGACUCACGUCAGGUGAAGAGCUUUUCGCCGACGUCGUCGUCAUCAAUGCAGACCUUGUCUAUGCAUAUAACAAUCUUCUGCCCCCCAACUCUUAUUCUCGAAGCUUGACCAAGCGCCCUGCAUCUUGCAGCAGCAUCUCAUUCUUCUGGUCUUUCGACAGAAUCAUCCCGGAGUUGCAAGUGCACAACGUUUUUCUAGCAGAAGAAUACAAGGAGAGUUUCGAUGCGAUCUUCCACCGGCACCAGCUACCCGAAGAGCCAUCUUUCUACGUCAAUGUUCCAAGUCGGAUUGAUCCUACUGCAGCGCCCAAGGGGAAAGAUGCAGUUGUGGUAUUAGUACCGGUUGGGCACCUUACGGAUGACCCAUCGAAUCCUCAAGACUGGGAUUUCUUGAUAAAACAUGCCCGAGAGGUCGUACUCAAGACAAUUGAAUCUCGAACGGGGGCUUCAAACCUGGCAGACAGCAUAAUUCAGGAGUCAAUUGAGACCCCUCUGAGCUGGAAGGUGAAGUUCAACCUCGACCGCGGUGCGAUCCUUGGUCUUUCGCAUUCGUUCUUCAAUGUUUUGAGCUUCAGGCCUAAAAUCAGACACUUUGGUAUUCAGGGGUUGUACUUUGAGGAAGAGGCUGCGGGAGUCUAA